GUAAUUGGAGAGAGAGGGAUGGACCAUUUAGAGUGAGAAAAGAGAGAGUGAGAAAAGAGAGAGAGAGAUCUCUAAUAAAAGUGAAUAGUUAUUAGUUGUUAUUAGUCUCUCUCUCUCUCUCUCUUGCUAUUAGUCACUUUCAUAGCACACAAACUGCAUUUCUCUCUUAUUCUUGCGAGUCUCGAAUGGAGGGGGUCUUUUUUACACAGAGAAAAGGGGACUCUUUUAGCAGUCGAUUGCUACCCUUGUAUUCUCUCUCUCUCUCUCUUUCCCUUAAAAGAACCUUAUGACCGUGCCACAUGAACAGUGCCACUCUCAUUAUGACUAUUUGGUUUAUAUGGGAUCUUACACACAUUCACCCGCUGUCUAUGCCACUUGCACACAUUCAACCGCUUUCCUUCCUUCCAUAGGGAUGCAUUGAACAAAAGGCAAGGAGGAGAGAGGGAGAGAAAACUGCUCUUUCACACACGGUCCAUAACAAACAGGCAGAGUUUUUAAAGCAAAUGGACAUGCACUCUUCCUCCUCCUCCUCAUCGUCUUCCUCCUCAUCGGCAACGGCCUUGACACCCACGCGUCGGCAAAUGGGUGUUCUCCGCAUUGACACAGACAGUCAACAACGCUCAGGUCGCUCAACAUUCUCUCCUAUUGAACAAGUAUCAAGCGCACUCACCAUGGACGACACGGAACGCAGAGAUCCACUCGCCUUUUUAGACACGCUCCAAUCCUACCUCAUUUCUCCCAUCCCACGCUCCCAAAAACACUGCACAGAAUCCGCUCUUCUCGUCAAAACAUGGAUAGACUCUCUUUCCUCUAUUGACCACCACCACCAGCAACAGCAACAAACCUCUCCAGCAUGGUCUAGUAGAAUGAGCGGAUCGAGCACAGGCAGUCCAACUCAACAGUCAAACCUCCUAGAUCUCCUCGACGCGAAAAUUGCCGAACUCAAUGCCGACAUUGAAACCUUUCAUAUUCCCCGCUCGGCCUCUGUCUCAUCCUCCUUAUCCUCGCAUUCCUCGUGUUCGUCUUUAUCAUCUUCGCGUCUCGAAUCGAUUCCUGAGCACCCUCAACGAGACAUUCAGAAACUGAAAGAGUUGGAUCGCUUGAAUAGGCGGGAUGGCAGAAAACCCCUCCUUGCUUGAAAUAGUGCCCAUUUUUUUUGACGAGCAAACAUUGAUAUACACGCACACACACACGCACACACACACGCACGAGUCCCUCACAAUCACCGCCAUUCAUCUCGCCAUUCUUGAACCAAAAUAGACCUCUUGUUGAUGAUGAUCAUAUCCACUCGUUUCUCUUGUACAUUGUUUUUCUUGUUCUAUUUAAAGAAAAAACCUCUUAUCUCUUGUCUAGUUUUAUAGUCUAGUGUGUUGUUUUUGCUAGCAUUGGAUGUAGUCAACUUUUUUCCCAUACACACACACACAAGUUACUAUUAUAUCCUUAAUAGAGAUGCCACUUUUGCAGA